AUGGUUCUUGAGCGUCUUAAGCAAUUGGCCUACCAGGUCGAUUCAACUUCCCCACCUCCGCAUCCUUUUGACCCCCUCUCCUCCUCUGAGAUAGACGCUGCAGUCGCCAUAAUUCGCGCUGGAUAUGAUGGCUCACUUAAAAUCAACACUGUGACGCUGCGGGAACCGCAAAGGGCGGAAGUGGUGGCUUGGCUGGCUGAUCCACAAAAUAACCCACGUUCGCAUCGCGCAGUUGAUAUUGUGGCCAUCUCGCCGGGUGGGAAGGUGUACGAUGGCAUUGUUGACUUGACAGACAAGAAAGUUCUGCAAUGGAAGCAUACAGAAGGCGUGCAACCAUUGAUUACAAUGGAAGAUUUGAAUGCGGUGGAGGCGCUGGCGAUGAAGGAUCCGAAGAUCAUCAGCAGUGUGGAAUUAUUGGAAUUCCGCCAGGGGAUAUGCAUAAGGUUUAUUGUGAUCCAUGGACGAUCGGAUACGAUGAGAGAUUUGACGACUGUCAGUAUGCAUAUCCGCCCAACUUACAACCCUGAGACCAAGGAGUUUAUCCACAUCGAAGUUCCCCGUGUGAAGAGAUCCAUCAGUAAAGCUCCCCUUAGCAAUUACAACGUUCGGUCCAUCGAAAUCGAGGGAGGUUAUCGUGGUGCUGUGAAGGCCCAUUCACAUUACCCAGUGAGGAAGUGUCUCCUUCAAAGCAUUGUGCUUAAUAACAUCACAUUCAAUGACAAGGAAACGGCAAGACCCAUUUUCUACCGCCUCUCCUUGGCGGAGAUGGUAGUCCCAUACGGCAACCCAGAACAUUCCCAUCAGAGAAAACAUGCCUUCGAUCUAGGCGAAUAUGGCGGCGGAUAA